AUGAUAGCCCUACCCGACACAGAUAGCGAGGAUGAGCUGCCACCCGGCUGGGAGGAGCGUGCCACCGAUGACGGCACCGUUUGCUAUGUGAACCAGCAGGGAAAAACAUCACAGUGGACACACCCACGUACGGGUCACUCCAAACGGAUCACGGGCGAAUUACCCUUGGGCUGGGAGAAGUACUACGAUGAGCAGGGAAAGCGUUUCAUGUUCCUCAACAAGGAGACGCAGCAACGAACGAAUGUGGAUCCCCGCUUGGCAUUCGCCGUGGAGGAGCCCACACAGAAUGUGGCCCAGGUGCGUCAGCGAUUUGACUCCUGUUCGACGGCCCUGCAGGUGCUGCACGGCAAGGAUUUGCACGGACGCACCGCGCUGAUUACGGGCGCCAAUUGUGGCAUUGGCUAUGAGACCGCUCGUUCGCUGGCCCAUCACGGCUGUGAGAUCAUCUUCGCCUGCCGGAACAGAUCCUCCACAGAGGCUGCCAUCGAAAGGAUUGCCCAGGAGCGACCUGCAGCCCGUUCCCGCUGUCGAUUCGCCGCUCUUGAUUUGAGCUCUUUGCGUUCAGUGCAGCGAUUUGUGGAAGAAAUCAAGCAGAGCGUUAGCCACAUUGAUUAUCUCAUCCUUAAUGCCGGAGUAUUCGCACUGCCCUACACGAAGACCGUGGAUGGUCUGGAAACCACAUUCCAGGUCUCGCACCUGUCGCAUUUCUACCUCACAUUGCAACUGGAGACACUGUUUGACUACAAAACACGGAUCAUUGUGCUGUCAUCCGAGUCGCACAGAUUUGCCAACCUGCCCGUGGAGAAUCUGGCAGUGCAUCAUCUUUCACCGGCGCCGGAGAAAUACUGGAGCAUGAUGGCCUACAACAAUGCCAAGCUGUGCAAUGUCUUGUUCGCCCAGGAGCUGGCCCAGCGCUGGAAGCAGCGAGGCAUUUCUGUUUUCAGCCUGCAUCCGGGCAAUAUGGUGUCCAGUGAUCUGUCACGAAACUAUUGGUUCUACCGCCUGCUCUUUGCCAUAGUGCGUCCCUUCACCAAGUCGCUGCAACAAGCGGCUGCCACGAGUAUCUACUGCGCGACGGCCAACGAGCUGACCGGGUUGUCUGGACUGUACUUCAACAAUUGCUUCUUCUGCGAGCCCAGCAAGUUGUCCAAAAGUGCUGCACUGCAGCAGCAGCUGUGGAAGCUGAGCGAGAACCUGAUUGCCGAGCUUGUGGAGCAGGAGCAACAUUAGGAUACUUUUUUUUAAUAUAUUUAUGCAUUAUGCUACCAAUGAUUCCAUUAGGUAUAAAUAUAAAGUUGUGUUUUUUAAAUUAA